GUCUCCGCCGCCGCCGCCGAAUCGAUGGCCGCGACACCGCCGGUGGCCAGGAAGGUGCCGCGGGAGCUGGCCGAGCACGGCGACGUCCGCGUCGACGACUACUACUGGCUCCGCGACGACGCCCGCGCCGACCCGGCCGUCCUCGCGCACCUCCGCGCCGAGAACGACUACGCCGCCGCCCUCAUGUCCGAUGCCAAACAGCUCGAGGACGAGAUAUUUGCUGAAAUCCGAGGAAGGAUCAAGGAAGACGAUACCGAUGCGCCUCUCCGCAAAGGGAAGUACUACUACUACAAGCGAACGUUGACCGGCAAGGAGUAUGCGCAGCACUGCUGCCGUCUUGUACCGACCGAUGGUCCUGUUACAGCCCAUGAUGUGAUGCCCACGGGGCCUGAUGCGCCUGCCGAGCACGUUAUUCUGGAUGAGAAUGUAAAGGCUGAGGGCCAUGAUUACUACAGCGUUGGGGCUUUCAAGGUCAGCCCCAGUGGCAAGCUAGUUGCUUACGCAGAAGACACUAAGGGUGAUGAAACCUAUACCGUCUUUGUCAUCGACGUGGAGAGCAGACAAUAUGUUGGGCAACCACUUAAAGGAAUUACUUCUGACAUUGAUUGGGCUGGUGAUGACUACCUUGUUUACAUAACAAUGGACGACAUUCUUCGGCCCGACAAAGUAUGGCUACACAAGCUAGGAUCUGAUCAGUUAGAUGAUAUUUGCCUGUAUCAUGAAAAGGAUAACACGUUUUCACUCGUUCUUCAAGUUUCUGAAAGCAAGCAGUAUUUAUUUGUUGAAUCUGGAAGCAAAAAUACAAGCUAUAUAUUCUACCUAGACAUACCCAAUCAGAGCAAGGAGCUUGUAGUUUUGACACCUCGUGUAGAUGGCAUAGAUACAACAGCUAGUCAUCGUGGAAACCAUUUCUAUAUUAAGAGGCGAAGUGAUGAGUUCUACAACUCUGAAUUGGUUGCUUGCCCAUUGCAUAAUGUAGCUGAGACCACUGUCUUGCUACCACAUAGAGAAAGUGUGAAAAUUCAGGACUUCCAGCUCUUUGAGAAUCACAUUGCUGUAUAUGAGCGUGAGAAUGGUCUACCAAAAGCAACUGUAUAUCGCCUACCAGCCACUGGAGAGGCAGUUGGGCAACUUCAGGGAGGACGGGCAAUUGACUUUGCUGACCCAGCAUAUGCAGUGGAACCUGAGACAUCACAAUUCCAUUCAAAUAUUAUUCGUUUUUAUUAUAGCUCAAUGAGGACGCCACCCUCUGUGUUUGACUAUGACAUGGAUACAGGAGUGUCGGUGCUGAAGAAAAUUGACACUGUUUUAGGUGGAUUUGAUGCGUCAAACUAUGUAACGGAGAGAAAAUGGGCUGCUGCUUCUGAUGGAACUCAGAUUCCCAUGACCAUUCUUUACAGAAAAGAUAUGGUGAAGCUUGAUGGCUCAGACCCCACGCUGCUAUAUGGGUAUGGCUCGUAUGAGAUAUGCAUAGAUCCGACUUUCAGGGGGUCUAGAUUCUCUCUGGUGGACAGGGGUUUUAUAUAUGUGAUAGCUCAUAUCCGUGGAGGUGGUGAAAUGGGCCGGAAGUGGUAUGAAGAUGGAAAGCUGUUCAAGAAGAACAAUACUUUCACUGAUUUCAUUGCUUGUGCUGAGCACUUGAUAGAAAACAAAUACUGUUCGAAAGAAAAGCUUUGCAUCAACGGGAGAAGUGCAGGUGGCCUAUUGAUGGGUGCUGUCCUAAAUAUGAGGCCUGACUUAUUCAAGGCAGCUGUUGCUGGGGUGCCUUUUGUUGAUGUUCUCACAAGUAUGCUUGACCCAACUAUCCCGUUUACUACAGCUGAAUGGGAGGAGUGGGGCGAUCCAAGAAAAGAAGAAUACUAUUAUUACAUGAAGUCGUAUUCUCCUGUUGAUAACGUAAAAGCACAAGAGUACCCCCACAUUCUAGUCACUGCUGGCUUAAACGAUCCUCGCGUGAUGUACUCGGAGCCUGCUAAAUUCGUGGCAAAGCUGAGGGAGCUGAAAACGGACGACAAUCUCCUGCUAUUUAAGUGCGAGCUCGGUGCUGGGCACUUCUCCAAGUCAGGGAGAUUCGAGAAAUUGCGAGAAGACGCCUUCACUUACGCGUUCAUCCUCAAGGCGCUGGGCAUGACUCCUCCAACAAAGGCUUCUGGUGUUGAGCAGGUACAAAAAUAUGAGCUGCCAGAUAGUCAUAGAUUUGCAGCAUAUAUUGCAUUGAAAGCACUCAGCAAAAACAAAAAAAUUCAGAAGACAGACAAAGAAAAUGUAGCUGAUCUUCUGAAAACAAGUGUAAGAACUAUCGAAAGGAUAUGGAAGAAGGCAAACGAUCAGCUUGCAAGAGGGGAAGAGGUUGAUGUUUCCAAUAAAAAGAAGGGGAGAUGCGGUAGAAAGAGGGCAGACCUUGGUCUCUCAAGAAUAUCUUCUAUUCCUCCCGAGAAAAGGUCUACAUUGAGGGCACUUGCUAGGGCUUUGGAUAUACCCCAUUCUACGUUGCACAAUAGGCUCAAAUGGGAAAAAAAUAAGGCUGCCACAGAAGCAGCCUCAAGCAAAAAUAGCUCAAGCAAGUGAAAUGUUAUCACAACACAUCAGCCCGGGUUGUAAUUUAAGUGUAGCUUCCUAAAAGUCAUAUCUGGCAGAAGAAGAGGGUUACAGUACAAGAUUCAACUUCAUUAGACAAGUAAUUGAUUGACUUUUGCGUGGUGUGUGAUAGUGUGGGCUCUAGUGUCGGGAUCAAACAAUGUACAUUACAGUAUAUACAAGUCCUGGAGUAUCAAUUGUCAUGUGUAGAAGGUUAUCAUAAUCUGCUCUUCUUCUCUUGACAAGUGUUGUCGACAUGAUCUGUACGCAUGGAGCGACGGGAGAUAUAUUUUGUCAAAUAAUGCAUGUAUGCAUACCAUCUGCACGUGUAUGAUAAUCACGUGGC